GAUGCUACCAGGGUCCACGGUGUCGAAGUGGGCAUACCCACGGCGGUGUUUCAUGGUUACCUCACAACGUCGUCGUCACUCAGUCGUGAACAAGUCAUUACUCUAGUCGCCGAGAGUGAUGACGUAAAGUGCCAGAACUCCGGGAUUCUUGACAAGGGCAGGUGUACCUGUCCACCAGGCUUUUAUGCACUGAAUUGUGAAUCAAGAGGAUGUAUGCCAAGCGUGCAGUCCAAUCUGGACACAUCUCGUCAAUCGUUCAUCCUUGUGCUCAGCUUGCGCUCCAGCAUGGGCUACGAUCUUCAUCAGUUGAUAGAACAGCUGCCCACCUGGAUAAGCGAUAUCGGCAAGGCUGCUCCCGGUUUGAUCGACAAUUUCAUCAAGUCACGUUACGAACAUGAAGAGCGAGAGUUCUUCACCUCAGCCGCAUGCUCUGCUCGGAUUACCUCAUCACGGCGUGUUCAUGCUGCGGCUGGCGACAUCGGACACCUACAAUUUCUGCCAUCAGCAGUGCACAGUCGUACUCGUCCCUGA